AUGCAACGUGGGCGACGAAUAGCUCAACUGAUCGAAGCCAUGGACAGUCAACCACCACCCGAGACUAUUGACACCUAUUCUUGGUACAAUCCGGAGAUGAUGUUGGUGGCAGACGACCUAAAACAACUUUAUUACCCCUUGUCCAUUGAUGCAGAGACGUACGAGUUUCUCAAUACCUCAAUUAGUACUAGUCAGAGCUUCUGCUUACAGGUAAAGCAACGUCUUUUGUAUUUCAUUGAGUUUUUAGGUAUUUUACGGACUUUGCUCCAUCUUCCUGCAGACGGUAGCUACAAAAACGACGAUAAAUGGUAUUCUCGACCGCGGAAAGAUGUUCGUUUUUUCUUCUGAGCAACUGGGAGCCUUUCUUGGUGCUAAUGCCAAUUGGAAUAGAGAGGAUAAAGCGGUAUGAACUAAUCUGGACCUUAUUUUAGGUAUUCCAGAAAGCUAUCAUGAUCAUGGUAUAAUUUUCAGGUUUUAGAUCUCGGUGCAGGCGAUGGCCACGUCACUCAAAAGUUCUCACCGUACUUCAAAAAGAUUUACGUCACGGAAGCAAGCAGUGUAAGCCGCUGAUCGCUUCUUUUCAUCUCACAUUGAACUCGAAAUCAGCUAAUUCUAAUUGUUCAGAUUAUGGAAUAUCGACUGAAACAAAAAGGUUUUGAAUUGUUGCCUAAGGAUGACUGGACGUCCAAAGGACCAUUUAAUUUGAUCUCGGCACUCAAUUUACUGGACAGAUUUUUCGAUCCAGCCAAGUUAUUGAGAGACAUUCUUUCUGUGGCUCAACGCGAUAACUGUUUGGUGAUAAUGGCAAUAGUGCUUCCAAUCAGACAAUACGUCGAAUUCCAUCCGGAUGGCACCAGGAAAACUCAAGCCGGUGGGUGUAACUAGGACUCCCUUAUGUUAUACUAGAUGGCCUUGAAAUGACAAGGUUUCGUUUUUCAGAUACCGUGAUAAAUGUGACGGGGAGACACUACGAAGAGCAUUUAAACACGUUGAUAACCAACGUCCUUAGGCCAAAUGGAUUUGAGCUCGUUAGAUGGGCCAAAGUUCCUUAUCUAUGCGAAGGAGAUUCGAAAAGAGUAAGCGCACUUUUCUAUUACUAUUAUUUGUUUUUUUGGCUUACUACAAGCUCAACGACGCUUUGCUCCUGCUAAAGCCUAUUGAAAACUUCACUCCGCCACCAACUUCACAAUCUUCCGCCGAUUCUCAUGUUAUUCAUGAACUCUAAGUCAAGAAUGCUUCUGUUUCAAUCUCUUUCGGACGAAAAGUGCACAUAUCAAAGUUUCAACGUCAUCUCGUCAUUUCACAAUAAUAAAUUAUUCAUGAUGUUUAAUAAAUAAUGUUUAUUAAACAUGCUGUUGUAGAUCCUUCUUCUUGGUUAA